CUGGGGGUGCUGGUAUCGGCGUCAAGAUUCACCCAUGAUUCGCCGGGGCGGGGGCAGCUGUCAUGGAACUUUUAGUGUCCUAACAGGAGUUCAGUUCACUUCUGCACCUCCCUCACACUGCCCAUGCCCCUCCUCCAAUCCUUGUUUGCUUGACCGUCUGAGGCUGUCUUCCUCCCGCCGACCCCAAACGUGACCGUUUCCUGUGCAUGAUGGAGAGAUGGCCGGCGGUCGAAUUUGAUGAGCCCCCCGUUUGUUUACGCCGCGAUAAAAAUAGGUGGGGAUUCCAGCGCUCGAUCGACUCCCGAGGACGCACCACUCAAUUGCGCCACAACCAACCGAGGAACUGGAACUGGAACUAGAACUGGCCAGGACUGGAUUCCAAACGAGAGAGAGCGCCGUUCGCCACCCACGCCGGGGCCAUGGUCUUUCCCCGUACUCCGGUCAGGUCCGGGCCGGAGUUAAGCCAGCUGAUCGAUCUGAUCAAUGAGCAGUUUGAUCUGGACAUCCCCAACCCCCGGUUGUACUCGCCGUCGGUGGGGAGGAACGACAAAUCACUCUCAUGGGGCAUCUAUCGUCGAAUCCAGCGGCUUUACUUUGAUCGCAGCGUGGAUCUGAACCGCAUCCUCAACAAUUUUGAGGAAUGGGUCCUUUCCCAGUCAACGACCCAGAUUGUCGGGGGUAGUCGGUACGGGCAUAUCCCGGGUUCAUUCUCAGGCUCCUUCGGGAGAGAUUCCUUGACCGGCCAUGGAGGCAGGAGAAUCUCGCAACAUGAGAGACAGGAGCGCCUAACCUACCUAGUAGGGCUGAUCGAUGAUGAAUUGUAUCUGCUCAACAAAGGCUCCUUCUCGGCUUUCAAGGGCGAUGACGGGCUUUCAGCCGAGCAUCCAGCUAUAACGGGCAGGUCGCUGAAGAGGAGGCUCUCGGUGGAGGAGGAGGAAGAAUUCCAUACCGCUCCAAACUCUCCUGUCAAAGAUCCAGACAGGGCGGGUACUCCCAUGGAUAGAGGAAAGGUCUGCAAUCUCGACAUUGGACAUGCCAUGGAUUUACAGCCCACCACCAUUGUCCCGGUCCAUAUCUUCAAAAGCCCUAAGACAACGGACAUGACGAAGAAGCCGUCUCGGUUCGUGGAACGCCUGACGGCAUCUGACAGUUACCCACGCUAUGAGGCGAUGCCUGCUGCGCACAAUGGUGCAAACUUCAGCUUUUCCACGACCGAGGCGUCUUCGGCUUUCCUUUAUUCCAACAACGGCCGUUAUGAUACCUCGUUUACGUCGACCGUUACCGAAGCCACUGAACCACUUCUGGAUUCUGAAUCCAUGUAUGAGGACUCUGUGGUGGGGCAUUUACUGAGCCAAGGAACCACAACGUUCGAAGAACAGCAAGCCCCGAAUGCCUUUGCUCUCCAGGAGCCCGUAUACUCGGAUGAAGGAUACAUCAUGGAAGACCUGCUCCACCACGGACCGUUCUCACUCGAUCACCAAUACCCGAGCUCCGUCCCCUUUCGGUAUCGAUAUGAGCUAGAAAGGGUGGCUAGAGCCUGGGAUAUAUCCUUGGAUCGCAUGCUCGUUGGCUCCAGCAUCUCUUUCAAGACGUUGGACGACUUCUGGGGAUGGAUAGGGGGCCACAAUCAACGGCAAGGGAAGCGGCUUCCCGAGAAGCCCUCUCGCAAGGCUUGGGAGGCGGCUACUGGCAGCUUUAAGACCGACAAACACUCGGAAGUGGUGGCUCUCACGGGAGAUCUGGAUUGGUGUGGUGAAUCCGAAAAGGGAAUCUUCAAAUUGAGGCUGAAUCCUUUGAAGACUGAAAGGACCUGCCGCUUCCACCGUCGGUUUGGAUCCGAUAGAUUUCUCAGCCUGACCAUGCCCGCCCCAGCGCGGCCACCACCGCAUCCUCGAUUGACCUCUCAACCCACCCUUUUGCGUGAGUCCUUGGCUUUAUGGCUGACACAGAAUGUCCACCGAUGCUUGGGAAGGGUGUGGAAACCCUUUUUUGUGGAAGAGGUCGAAUCUAAACGCAAGAUCAAGUCCGAACGCAGAUUUCGAGUCGAUUUCUUUGCUAUUGAUGGUAUUGAUUUCGAUCACGGUGCACACCCGGUCUCUUCGGUUGCUCCUCCCGGCCAGGACAGUGGUAGCCAUACUCCCAUGAGCCUGGAUGCAUUGAUUGACUGGCACAUGCCUCAAGAAGCAAACCGUAGCCAGUCUAAUUGCAAGCUGUUCCAGCGCUUCUCACUAGGCCUCUCGAAAACGUUUGCUACUGUGAUCUUGAGACCGCAUCAGGUCCUACCGUUGCCCGAUGAGUCCAAUCGUCCGGUGAUGAACGACGGCUGUGCUUUAAUGUCCCGGGGCCUGGCCAACCAGAUCUGCGACUCACUAGGUCUGACAGGGAAUACUCCCAGCGCCUUUCAGGGUCGAAUUGCCGGGGCCAAGGGGUUAUGGAUGGUCGAUCGGCACCAGUCCCAGAUCUCCGCUGGCGGGGAGGACAUCUGGAUUCAAAUCUCGGACUCGCAGUUGAAGAUCAAACCCCAUCCACACGUCUGGCAGGAGCCUGUGGACGAUGAGCAGCUGACCUUUGAGGUUGUCAAGUGGUCGAAACCAUUACACCCCGUGGCUUUGAACACCCAGCUGUUGGCCAUCUUGGAACACGGCGGGCACGUCAAAGAGCACAUUGCCGACCUGACUCGGCUAGGAAUUCGAUCGGUCUACCAAGACUUUGCGGAGGUUCUCAAGUCAGAUAGCCCGGUGCUCUGUCGGAGCCUGGUCCAGAAGAUCCGGCCAUCAGGGGACGAUGGCUUGGGACUGAUGUCACAAAAGGCCUGGCGCUUUGAACAGUGGAUGAGUAAUGAUGCGGAGUUUAUCAUCCGGCUCACCGAAGCUGGCUUUGGUCCCCGGAGCUUCUAUCCGCUUCGCAAGCGACUUGGAAAAUGCCUCCGAGAGUUACUCAACCGUUAUGUCGAUGAACUCCACAUUGAGGUGCCCCUUUCCACAUACGCCUUCUGUAUUGCGGAUCCCUACAGUGUGUUGAAGCCGGAUGAAGUUCACUUUGGCUUUUCCAAUAACUGGCGCGACGGCAAUGGACAAUUCGAAGACAACUUACUCGAUGGGGUGGACGUUCUCGUCGGCCGUCUUCCCGCCCAUCUCCCUUCUGAUAUCCAACGUCGGCGAGCUGUGUGGAAACCUGAGCUUCGACAUUUCAAGGAUGUGAUUGUCUUUCCCAGCACAGGGGAUAUUCCUUUGGCGCAUAUGCUGUCUGGUGGCGACUACGACGGGGAUACCCCGUGGGUCUGCUGGGACCAGAAUAUCGUCCACAACUUCUACAAUACAGACCUGCCGAGUCACGAGUUUCCACCGGAGCAUUAUGGCCUUACGAAGCAUUCCGUGCCCAUGCGGGAGAUCGAAUCCAUGGAUGAGUUCCUCCAGAGCGCAUUCACGUUCAAUUUGACACUGUCAAACCUAGGGCGCUGCACAGUGGAGCAUGAAAAGAUCGCCUACGACGAGUCGAUUGACUCGGAUAAGGCGAAGGAACUAGCUUGUCUCCUGAAUCACUUGGUCGAUGGCCGCAAAGGAGGCGUGCACCUAUCGGAGCAAUCCUGGCGGCAAUAUCGCAAGAGGAUUAGUCCCAGGAAUCCGACGCGGCGACACAAAAAGACGAAUAUCAUCGACUAUCUUCGAUUCGAGAUAGCACGUGACGAGCAGCGCAAGAUGCUGACUAAGCUAGAGGAAGCAUUCCCAGAAAACGAGGCAUCCCCCAGCAAAGAUGAAGAUCUCAAGGUUCAAUUAGACCGGAACGGCAGCGGGGAACUAUACACCGCCGUCCAAGAAAUGUCGAAGAAGAUUGAGGGAUUCUAUGAUCGAUGGAGUAGCUCUCUGCAGGGGGGUCAAAACUCGUUCUCGCCUCUCACUCUGGAGGCUGCUGAUGAGGCUCGAGCCAUUCCGCCUCCUUCUGGCAAUCAUCCGUUGAUCCAGGUGUGGCAACACAGUCGAGAUGAAUGGCUCCGCCAUCCCCGGUUUGGCUUCGUGAUCCACGCCUUUGGAGAGGUACUCUGUCAGAUUAAAACGAGUACGCUACCGGCACGGACCGUGACAACCGAGAUGCUUUCAUACUAUCCGCGGGAUGCUAUGGGAGAAGAAGAGGCACUGGACGGGGAGGACGAGUAUGAAGGACAUGAAGCGAUUGAAGCGAUGCUUUUUGGGAUGCGGCCCUCUGGGGGGUAUUAUGACCCGGAUGAUUGCAUGUCUGUGGAAUAG